CUUCAUACUUUCAUCCAACGGCCAACACCACCAUCCCCCGCUAAACUUGCCACCAAAAUCCAAAACGCUGCCUCAAUCAAAACAACAAGGGGAACACAAAAAGCGAUAGAUCUAUAGAUCUCAGUAUCCAAAAUGCCUGGUUUCGACUUCUCCAACGUCAACCGCAACAAUGCAUUGCACGCCCGUGGAGUGCCGCUUCCUAAAGCCACCAGCACGGGUACCACUAUUGUCGGAUGCAUUUUUGAGGGCGGUGUGGUGAUUGCCGCCGACACCCGAGCGACGAGCGGGCCGAUCGUUGCAGACAAGAACUGUGAGAAGCUUCACUACAUCUCACCUCAGAUCUGGUGUGCCGGAGCUGGUACAGCAGCCGACACGGAAUUCACAACAGCCAUCAUCUCGUCUCAGCUGGAGCUACACUCUCUAUCAACAGGCCGCAAGCCUCGCGUCGUUACAUGCAUGACCAUGCUUAAGCAACAUCUCUUCCAAUACCAGGGCCACAUCGGUGCAUACCUCGUAGUUGCCGGCGUCGACCCUACUGGCACUCAUCUGUUCACCGUCCACGCACACGGCAGCACCGACAAGCUCCCAUAUGUCACUAUGGGUUCAGGAUCGCUGGCCGCCAUGUCGGUGUUUGAAACGCAGUGGCAGAGCAAGCUCGACGAGGCACAGGCGAUCAAGCUGUGCAGUGAUGCGAUUCAAGCCGGUAUCUGGAACGAUCUGGGAUCGGGAAGCAACGUCGAUGUGGCCGUUAUCACAGCCGACAAGACGAGGCUGCUGCGCAACUACAUCAAGCCCAACGAGAGGACAAAGAAGCUGCAAAGCUACAAGUUCGCCAGGGGCACAACGGCUGUGCUUAACGACAAGAUCGUUAAGAAGGAGGAGCUGAGCAACUUCAUCAGUGUGUCCGAGGUACCUGCUGAGGGUGAGAGCAUGGAUGUUGACUCAUGAGGGUAUGAGGGUCGAGAGGAUUAUGAAGCGGCGAGAUUUGAGACGGCUUAGCCAUAUUGAGCUAUCAGUAUGGCGAUUGGUACAUCCUGGCUGGCAGAAGUGUGAAGCGCGCAACAGUAAUGCGGCAAAUGAGGCAACCGUGGAUGAUUAGGAUUGAGGAGAGAUGAUGAUGGCCAUUAUCACUGCUUACCCAGCUACCCUGUGAUGAUGUACUUUACAUGUAACUUUUACUGCAUGCGGCUCUGAUGGCGAAAAUGAAAUAGACGUUUCCUCAUCUACCGAGUAUCAGUCCAGCGGAUUGAUUGCGAG